UUGAAAAGGGUAACCUGAUGGAGAUAUUAACAAUGUGAUGUGGGCUUUCUCCUAUUUUCCUAGCCAGCAUCUUCAAAAAAAAAAAAAUUCAAAAAUUCAAAAAUUCAAAAAUCAAUGGCAACUGAUCAUAAUCACACAGUAAAUCAUGAUGAGCAUGAGCUCCCACAAAUCCUAGUCCUUGAAGCACCGCCGAUCAUGAGAUAUUAUGGGGACCAUUUCUUGAAGAAUUUCCGGUUGUUGAAAGCAUGGGAGUCACCACUUCCUCUAGACCAAUUCUUGACCAUCCACGCACACUCAGUGCAAGCCCUCCUCUCUCCUGGAAGAUAUCCGCUCACCGGCAACAUCCUCCGGCUGCUUCCCUCGCUGCAACUUGUGGUUACCACCAGCGCCGGCCUUAAUCACAUUGACUUGCCGGAGUGCCGGAGGCUUGGCAUCGCCGUAGCCAAUGCCGGGGAUGUUUACUCAGAAGAUGUUGCAGAUCUGGCGGUAGGACUUAUGAUUGAUGUGUUGAGGAAAGUCUCUGCUGCUGACAGAUAUGUGAGGAAGGGGCUUUGGCCUUCUGAAGGAGAUUUUCCUCUUGGCUCUAAGUUGGGGAGCAAGCGAGUUGGGAUAGUUGGGUUUGGAAGCAUUGGCCAAGAGGUGGCAAAAAGGGUGGAGGCGUUUGGCUGCAGAAUCUCGUACAGCUCGAGGAACAAGAAGUCACUGGUUUCAUAUCCCUAUUAUUCCAAUGUUUCUCAGCUCGCAGCAGACAGUGAUGUACUGAUUGUCUGCUGUGGUUUAACCGACCAAACACGCCACAUGAUUAAUAAGGAUGUUAUGCUAGCAUUAGGAAAGGAAGGAGUGAUCAUCAACAUAGGACGGGGGCCUAUAAUCAAUGAGAAGGAGCUGGUGCAUUGCCUGCUGCAACAAGAGCUUGGAGGGGCUGGUUUGGAUGUGUUCGAGAAUGAGCCAAAUAUUCCCACAGAGCUUCUCACGUUGGAUAAUGUUGUGUUGUCACCGCACAGAGCUGUCCACACACCAGAAACUUUAGCAGCAAUGUGUGACCAUGUGAAAGCGAAUUUUGAAGCUUUCUUCUCAAAUAAGCCCUUACUUUCUCUGAUCACGAACGAUUGAAAAUAGAAAAAUGCUAUUUUGUACUCUCUGCGCCUUCUCCCACCAUACUCAGAAGAAGAUCUGGCUUAUUAGGGUGGAUUAUUGAGCAUGCUACGUCAGCCGAGUAUACUGGGAGAAGGACUGCAGGCAGAAUGCAAAAUAGUGUUUUUCAAACAAGUCUUUCUAUUUCUUGGCGCAAAAUUAAGCAUAGUGUAUUUGCCAUACAUGCAUACUGAACAAAUUACUUGAGGAAAUCUUGUUGUAGUGUGCUUGCAAAUAAGCUGUUCUACAUAACA